CGAAAAUGACUUACUUUUAAAAAUGAGGUUGUGUUGUUUGUUUUAAUUUAUUUGAAUUUUUUACUGCAGAGUUUCGUGUAAAGUGAAAUGAUUCGUCGAUUAUUGUCUAAUGCAAUAGAAACAGCGCUGCCGGCAGAAACGACACAUUCGCAGACAUUUUUCAAAAAUGAAUUUGCAACAUUCAAAUGGCUAACUUCGACCGGGCCCUGUUUCCCCGUUAAAGCCCAAAAUAUCACCAUUUUGACCGACCCCAGCGAAUUUUUCGACGCCCUUUUAACGAAUUGCACCAACGCCAAAGAAAGAAUAACCUUAGCAAGCCUUUAUCUAGGUAAUGGACCUUUAGAAAAAAAAUUAUUAGGUUGUAUUAGGAAUAAUCGGUGUUACCGAAACAACACGUUGAACAUCAACAUCCUGCUCGACUAUACUAGAGGGAGCAGACACGAAUCCAAUUCUAGAACAGUAUUAUUACCUUUUAUCAAUGAAAACAGUAAAUUAAAGGUAUCAUUGUAUCACACACCGUUGUUACGGGGUUACUUAAAGAAGUGCAUACCUCAUCGAUGGAACGAAUUAUUAGGUUUGCAACACAUGAAGCUUUACGUGUUCGAUAAUACGCUCAUUAUAAGCGGCGCCAACUUAUCAAACGAUUAUUUUACUAACAGGCAAGACAGGUAUUUUGUCAUUAAAGAUAAAAAUCUCUGCGACUUUUACUGCGAUCUAGUCUCAAAAGUACAAGAAUUUAGCUUGAAUUUAAAUGGCCAAAACGAAACGAGUUUGUCGGGUAAUUGGGAUACCCUGCCUUAUGAAAGUAACAAUGAUAAUUUCGUUAAAAAAGCUUCGGAGAACAUACAGCGUUUCGUUACAGAAAAUACGAAUAGGCAAAUUGCAGAAACUAAUGAAGAAGAAUGCGAUACCUGGAUAUUUCCACUAAUACAAAUGGGUCAGCUUGGAAUAGAACACGAUGCGCUCGUAACAAGCAAACUUAUAGCAGAAGCUCCUAGUGGAAGUCACCUCAAAAUAUCUACCGGUUAUUUUAAUUUAACUACUGAUUACAUGAACACUUUAAUACAACACUGUAGAGCAACAUGCGACAUUCUAAUGGCUCAUCCAAAGGCUAAUGGAUUUUUAGGUGCCAGAGGAUUAGCUGGUGGGAUUCCUUAUGCUUAUUCGUUAAUAGCCCGUAAUUUUAAAGAAAUGUGUAAAAACAAUAACCAAUUGGAAAGAAUCUAUUUGUUGGAAUAUUACAAGGAGGGGUGGACUUAUCACGCCAAAGGACUAUGGUACUAUCCUCCAACCGCAAAUGUUCCAUGUUUAACACUAAUAGGAUCGCCCAAUUUUGGGGAAAGAUCCGUUAAAAGGGACUUGGAGACUCAAGUGGCAAUCGUCACCGACAAUCCGGAGUUAAGAAAGAGCCUAGAUAAUGAAUGUAGGAGAUUGUACGAUACAUCCGAAGUAGCGGAUAUCGAUAGAAAAGUACCAGUGUGGGUUAACGCUUUUGUCGUAUUUUUCCGGAGCUAUUUUUGAAUAGUUUUUAUUCAUAAUGAUAGUUGAGUCAAUGGUAGAAAAAUGUACUAUCCAAUAGGUCGAAAUCAUCGAAAACCACAUGCAUAAAUAAGCAUUUUUUAUUUAAAUGCACUUCAUAGUAC